GAAGUGUUACCAACGCCACGCUUUCCACGUAGGAUUGGGACACAUUCACCCUUUCCUUUCCACAACCAUUCUCUUAUCUUCUUCUUGUCUCUGUUUCUCUGUGACACUCAAUAGAGAGAGAGAGAGAGAGAGAAUGGCCUUGCAAGCACCUACCCUUCACACUACCCCCGCCGUCAAUGCUGCUCUACGACGACCCUUUAUCAACCCUUCUGCUCUCAAGUCAUCUUUCUUCUUCUCUGGUUCACUCAACCUUUAUCUUCAUCCUAAUCAUCACCGCCUCACUUCAGCACCGCCCAGAAUUUCCAUGCGGGUUGCUUCCAAACAAGCCUAUAUCUGUCGCGAUUGCGGGUAUAUAUACAAUGAUAAGACUCCCUUUCAGAAGUUGCCUGAUAACUACUUCUGCCCUGUUUGUGGUGCUCCAAAACGAAGAUUUAGGUCCUAUGCACCAGCUGUCACAAAAAAGGCCAAUGACACGGCUGUUAGAAAGGCACGAAAAGCUGAAAUGAAGAGAGAUGAAUCAAUUGGGAGGGCACUUCCUAUAGCAGUUGUCGUGGGAAUUGCAGCGCUUGCUGGACUGUAUUUCUAUCUGAACACCCAAUACUAAGCUGAAUGUUCGAUUGCAGUGCCCUUCAAGACUGAAACAUGGAGUUAAAAUUAUUCUUGUUCUUUCAUUUUCUUUUGUUCCUUCAGUUCUAAGCACCUAGAAUGGCCAUGCAAUUAAUGGUACAAUUGUUUUGAGAGAGAAGAUUGAUGAUGUUUAUCAACCCUGGCGGGUGAAGGAUGCAAUAUAUUAUGUAGUUAUAGAGGGGAGAAUUGAUUUGCUUUGUUGCCAUUAACGUGAUAAGAAGCAUUUUAUAUUUUCAGCAUUGUCAAAAUGGAAGUAAAAGAAUUUUCUAAGAAAAUUAUGUAAAGAAUUUCUUCUCCAAGAAAGUUCAACGAUUAUGUUACAUUUUCCAUGACACAGAAUUCUUCAGGUGGAAUGCAAUGGUCUAGUCAUAAAUUAUGUGCUUGUAGCAAAUAAAAGAUUCUUGGUUUGAUUAUUGCUGAAGUGAGGAGGGCAAAUCUUCUCAAAAUUAUACGAGGGUUUUCGAGCAUCUUGAAGAAAAAGUAAAAGAAAUCUAGCACUUUAUUGGCCAUGUAAUUUUUUCAGUAUUUUCUACUGAAGAGCAAAUACUGACAUUUGACAGAAAGAUCAAGAUAGCAGUGAGACGCUAUUCUCGGGUAGCUAAGCUAUGUAGCGAAAUUAUACGUUGUAGCUUAAUGCAAGACUUUCAUUCGACAUAGAAAACAAAUAAUUAGAAGUGUAGGUUGGU